GAUCGUCUCGAAGAGGCGGAACAGUGGUUCCUGAAAGCCAAAACUAUUGCUCCAAAUGACUCGAGUGUCUACCAGCAUUAUGGUCAAUUUCUAUCUGAGUGUGAGAGACACAAUGAAGCUGCGGAUAUCUAUGUAAGGGCUGCUGAACUCGCAGCAGAUGAAUAUGAAAUUAUAUUCAAUGCAGCAAAUACCCUCAGGCAGGCCGGUCGAAAUACAGAGGCAGAAACCUAUUACCACAUGGCAGUAAAACUUCGGCCAAAUGAAGUAACAAGCCAUAUGAACUUAGGAGCCAUGCUUCACGUGAAUGGGAAACUUCAGGAAGCAGAGAUGUCUUAUCUGGAAGCUUUGAAACUGAAACCUGAUGAUGCUAUUACACAAAACAAUCUUCAAAAGUUGCGAAAUCUCUUGGUGCAAAGAAAAUUGCGCUCUAGCGCGCAUAAUAGUCGCUAAACUCGGAUGGCAGUUUUGUUAUACUCUUCAUUUGAUCCAAUGUUAAGACAAAUGAAUUUUGUAAACUCGAACUGCAUAUUAUUCGUGUCAUAACUGAAUCAUUUUGAUGUGACGAUGUUCUUCAGCUGCAGUGCAGCUAUUCAGGAUAACAGAUGUUUUAAGUUUGCAGUCGUUGCAAUGUUUUGUAAAUCUUAAUCCGUCAUUUACAUUCCCUGUUAUAAGUGUCACUGGAACCAUUGCAGUUGUGAUGAUUGUUUAAAGCAUACGUGGCUUAUGUAUUGAUGUAUAUAAUGUGAUGUUGCUAUCUGGACCAGAUCUCUUAAAGUUUGAUGGUAUUUUUUCAUUUAUAUAUGAUGUCAAUUAUUAUUAAGUCUACCAGUUCUUCAAAAUGCAUGUUGUUGUUUCCUGAGAUAACAAGGAUAAGUGCUAAAUUCCUAACGCAGUCUUUUUCUUCAAAUUAUUUAGAUACUUGUAGUUCGUUUAAAUUUGGUUUAGAUAUGAAGAUCUGGUCUACGAAAGAUUUAAGUCUCUUUGGAACAUGCAUCUAAUCACUUGCGUAACUUCUAUAUCUUAGACGCUCAUAAAAUUUAAUACUGUUUUCAAUAUGCACUUUUUAUAAAAUAUGUCUUAAAUUAUAAAGUGCUUCAUACUUUCACUUUCUGGAAACUUAACGUUUAAAAAUGUUAACUUUCUGAAUGAAAUGUUAAAAUUUUUCUGGUAAUUUAAGAUAUGGUUCUCUUGAAAAUGUCUUGCAUGUCUCUGAGUAAAUGCAUUCUGGUAUGACUAAUUCAUCAUAAUUUAUAUAUUGUCUUUUUUGAAUUAUGUAUUGGAAACUGCAACUUAUCUAGUCAUGGUUAUUGUUCACUUCACUUAAAGGAACUAGUUGGUUUACAGGGCACAGCCUGAUGUGAUCGUGUCAAUGUUCUGGUGUGAUUUAGCAUUCUUGUACCAAUGUAUGUGAGCACACAUUUUCUGUAAAAUAAAUUAAAGCAUUGUUGCUCUACAGUAGGAAGGUAAUUUAGAUGAUACUCUUUUGAUUGAAAGUAAUAGAGAGCUAAAGAAUUUGAAUUACCAAAGAUACCUCUAGUCUUAGCAAAGGUAUCCAACAUCACGUUUUUGAAAAAUGUACUGUGCAUCUAGUGUACAACUGCCUCUGGAUCUCAAACUGUGUCAGCGGUUUGUACCCCUAUUUCUUUUCUAAUAUGAUAAUUUAACUAUUUCUGCUCUUAUUGGCUGUACUGUGUAUAGCGAAGUUCGUAAAGAUAUGAUAAGUUUGUCUAUGAAUAAAUAAGAACAGCUACAAAGAUGAUGUACUCAAAAUCUCCAUAAUUUAAUGCUCUUUCUCACAAAAGUAUACUAAGUGUGUGUAAAGUACGUAUGUAACACACUUGAUUACCUUUUUAUCUGUAUGCCUUAUUAUAUUCUAGUGAAAUAAGUUAGCGCACUCUAAAUACGCAGUUCAUAUACACAGUUUGUUGUCAUUAUCGGACACUGUCUUCCUGUAUAUGUAAAUGUUGUGUAAACGUAGUAGAUACUAUAGAUUUGACGAUCAAAAAAGGAAAAAUCGAGCUUCAGUUUCAUUGCAGAAAAAUUUUCGUUUAGCCUUUUAUAUACUAAUUUAACUAAAUUUUGUAAUUUUGAGUAUUUGAAAAGUUCUCAGAAGUGAUUUUUGAAAAGAAAUUAAAUAAAGUUUUAUUAUGUUUUUGUUUCGAGAAUUCUGCAUAUAAAAUAAUACAUAUUUUCCUCAUCAGAGCACAGAAGAGGGAAAACAGAGUUUACAGUUAAGCAUAAUCUUUACUCGUAAUGCAAUGAGCAUAUGAGAAAAUGUAUGAAGAUUUCGCUUUAAUCACGAACAAAUUUAUUUUGGUAACGUAAUUUCGCUUUUGAUAAGUAUUUAUCUGUGCUGUGUUUACAGGUCCGUUACAAGCAAGACUUUGUAACCAGUUUAUGAUGCAAUAUUCCAUCAAAAGCAUUUAUGAAAUGCAUUUGACAAUAUAUUCUUGAUUCCUAAAUAUACAACUCCAGUUUCAAUAUACGCUCUCCAGUCUCAAUACAUGUGCUUUCUAAAAGUAAGUACCAUCUGGGGCUGUAGGCAAAAAUAAUGUGAAUUACGAAUAACCACAACUUCCAUAUUACGCUGGUAAUCUUGAUGACUAAAGAUCUUUCUUCAUAUCUGCAAAAUAAUUAUUUGUAUAUAUGUGAACGUAUGCAUAUGAGUACGUGUAUCGUAUGCAUAUGAGUACAUAUAAAAUCUGCAUUGAUACAGAAAUCUGUGACCAGUUUAGCGUGAAAAAUUUUAAUGUCCCUGAAUUUUUUAAAAUUUCUCAGUUAAUAAAAUAGAAUAGCUGGACUGUUACGAAAUUCAAUGUGUAUGUAAUCAAAUGCAUUGCAUGAAUAUUAAUUCCCGAGUAGUUAAGUUUUUCGUUAAAAUAUCCUUUCAAUUUUUACAUUUUUUCUGAACUGAAAAUUAUAAGCGUUUUGCUUGCAUUUGAUAAUACAUAUUUUGAAGAUGUCUGACACAAUGAAAAUUGAUAUUUUAUAUUUUCUUCAAAUAAAUUAAUGUAAAAAAGAUUCAUUCGAUUAAGAAUUGUGUGACAUAUUUUACACCACUACCUCUUCGCGUAAGUUACGAAAUUAUCAUUUAGGGCGCUGUUUGGAUAUUUAUAAGAUUGCAAGUUUUUAAGGUAGUUUCUGCAAUGUAAGUAUUAUUUUAUACAUAUGAUAAACAUCCAACUCUAAGCUUUAGUCUCAUGAGGCGCUCAUAACAAAGCCUGACUGUAAUUGCAAAUUAAAAGUGAAGAUGUUAGUUGCAACUUAGCUUGAAAAUGAAAUAGCUGAGCAAUUUCAUUCACUGGAAAUCUUUGGAAGUGUUAAGUAGGUAAAAUAAUAAUUCAUUAUUUAUUUGAAUUUCUUCCAAAUAUAUUUCACAAUUUUAGCUAAAAGACGAAGAAAGAAUUAUAUUAAACAUUUCGCUAAAAAUCUUUCAUUGAAACAGAUUUCGAAUCUUAUUUAAGGAGGCAAAAUCUAAAUUGCUAAUUAUUUGAAGUGUGCUCUGAAGGAAUUUAUGCUAUAAGAUUAAAUUUAUAUAUUAUUUUUAAAAACAUUUGUUCGAAAUAUAAUAAAUUAAAUUGAAUUAGUGUAUUGUAAAUUUCUUGUCAUUUUAUAAGUAUCCAUUUUGAUAGCUGCUGUGGGAUAUAAACUAAGAAAUAAGAAAUGUCAUUUUUAAAUGUUGCACAAUGUGGUGUUAAAUAGAAAAUUAUGAGAUAUAUAUGAACGUCAAGAAAUCGGUGUAAAACUUUUGUUUGAUCUUAAUAAUUUAACAUAAUUAAUGAAAUACUUUUGAAGUUAUUCGACAGUUCUUGAAGGAUGUAUCAACAUGUAUGGAAAUACCGAAAUAAACGUUCGUGUUGUAAUUGAACCUUGGAUGUUAAAUGCACCAAUUUUUGCACUUUUGCGAAAGGUAACGCAGUGGCUCUCGAACAUUUUCUGCAAAGAGGAGACUUUUGCAGAAAAGUAAAUGUGUUGCAUAUAUUUUCAUCAAUUGUAUAUUUACAUGUAUAUUUACAUUCAUAUUUACAUUUAAAUAAAUGUUCAAAGAAGCAGUUUAAGAAAACUGAAACUAACAGCAGUUUACGAAGAUCUCGGAAGUUUUCCAUAUACAGGAAAAAUAUUUCUGGACAUUUUAACUUUUCAUUUUAUUUAAAUUAUAUGCCUCCAUAAGUUUUCUCUACAUAGUAAUUAACAGCACAAGAAUAUACGCGUGUAUGAAAGUAAGCGUAAAUUGAUUCUCUUUUCUUCUUUUAAUUACUGCCUAUAUGUGAAAUGUAAUUAUAUGUUUUAUAAAAAAAUUUCUUCCCGGACUCAGAGAACAGUAUGUCACCAGAGAUGAAGAAAAAUAGUCACAUUAGUGAAUAUAUUGUAAGAAUAUUUUGCCCUUGUGUUUGUCCCUGUACUAAGAGUGUUAUCUGUGUUAAAACAUUAAUCUGCUCUAACUGAUCUGUACUAAGAGUGUUAUCUAUAUUAAAACGUUAAUCUUCUCAUUAGUUAAAGUAUCCAUCUCUUAGUUAACUGCGCAACUUGCAGUUGACUGCAACAUUUUAGUGUGUCAUGAUGAAGCAGAUGAUAACCACUACUUUAAUGUGGUAUUCAUCCAUAAUUUUAGCCUGAAAUACAUUUAAAAUAGCAAAUUUUGUUCAAUUAAAAUGGUGAGAAUCAUUGAAGUUCUUUAAUUUUAUAAGUAUCUUCUUUCUUCAGUUCCUUAAUAUAAAAAGUUCUACUUUUAUGCAGUUAAAACGACAAGCAAUUGAUAAAUUAAUAUAAAUGUACUCUUUUGAGCUUAAGAGAGUACGAGUUAAAAAGUGAAAUCAUUUAUCUUCUUUGAUAUGUUAAAAAUGCAAUUUAAAGUUAUGUUGAGAAGCAGCGCAACUUUGAAGGAAUCCAGUCGUUUAUCAAUUCUUCUGGUCCUGAAAAAUCGCAGAAAGUUAUGGCUAAAAAACACAGUUGUUACCCUUUUAUGUCAAUGAACAAUUUCAUUGCGGUUAAUUUUUAUCACAGUUCUCUAUUUUAAUUUCAUCUUGAGAUGCCAGAAGUUUUCAAAAUUUGUUUUUCUUUCAGUUUAGCCCAAAUAUUGAAGUUCCUUUAAACCACAAAAUGGAAAUGUAUGCAUGAAUUAAUGCUGUUUGAUUAGUUUUAAAUUUAUAAACUCCUUAAUGAUUAUUGAUUCUGCAACUAUAGUAUAGUGAACAGUUCUCUUUUGAUGUUGUUCAAAAUGUGUGAUGUGUAAAAUGUCAAUGAUAUUAGCUGAGUAGAUAGGUGGCUUUAAAUGUGCACCAGAUAAAUAUUUUAUGGUUACAAGGUUUGUUUGCUAUGUUUAAAAAAAGUCUUUAUCUUUUAUCUAUAUUUGAAAUAAAUAAAAACGAUUUACUGUGUUCAUUUCUUAUGUCUAAAGGUGUGAUAUUUUAAUUUUUGUACCUAACAUGCUUUAUUGAUUUAGGGUUAAUUCUUUGGCGGUAUGUUUCGGCAGGAUUAAUUUUUCUGUGAUUAUUGAUUUAUAUUAAAACAUUAUGAUAUACUCACGUUGUAAAAAUGAAUGUAAUAUAUCGAUUUUAUUACCGUAUGUGUAUAAGGAUGAAUUUCAGACUUUGACUUACCGCAUUACAUUUAAUUUUUAUUUAUUUAUUUAUUUUUAAUGUGUAAAGACCACGUUUCAGAAGCAAUUUACUAUCGUUCGGAAUUCGAGAACUGAAGAGCUGUUUGUGAAUAGUACCAAUCUGGAUAUUUCUGAGUGCUGAAUGAUCUGUUUUGUCAUUUGGAAUUCAUAGGAAAAUAAACUUGCUGGGCACUGAGUAGUUUAGUUUCGAAUACAGUUUCGAAGCCUGUGUUACAAAUAUUUUAGGAGACUUGGAAAAUUAUCACUGGUCACGUUAUUAAUUAUUUUUGCAAGAGCUUCCCAUUAAAACACUGAUAAUUUUCUUUCGUUUCAUCCCCCAUAAACACAAGGAAUAUUUAUGAAUUUGGCGUUACGUAUAAUAUUUUAAACUAUUUAUUUUUUAUUAUUUUUAUAUUUUUAAAACAUUUAGCUAAUACCUUAUGCGAUGUUUAUCCUCACGAAUGAAUUCUAUAAAAUAUUCUUUAAUUAAGAUAGAAGCUUAUCUCAAACAAUGUAAGAGAGAUAUUUGGGAAAACGCCCGUUUUUCAGGCUCGGUGGUUUCAGUUAUGUCUUUGAUGACACCUUAAUUUCGAAAUUAGUGAUUGCGCGUGGUUGGAACUUUCUGAUCCUCAAAUUCGAGCAUUUGGAUAAGAACGAGCAUUCGGACACUAUCGGGCACACACAAAAUUAAACUAGAUGAAAUUUCAAAGAUCGGUCAUUAGAUUAUAGGUAUUAUAGUCUGUUAACAUAAUUUUAGCAGCACACAAAUAGCUUUUCAGAUGUAAAGAUAGUAAAAUAAAUACCUUCGAGCAUGAUUUUCUGCUUAUUGGAAAAACUGGAACGUGAUAAUGUUAGUGUUUGUAUUAACCUGAAAUUUUCAAUCUUAUGAAUGUAUGACAUGUUAUGAACGUACGGAUUUUUCUCAUAUUUAAUCUCUGAUUGGAUCUUUAAAUGUUGGAUGAAGUCAUGGAGGCUAUCUAAAGCAGAUGUAUAAAUAAGUGUUGAAAUGAAUACAUUUUAUGAUAUCGCUGGAAAUUUCAUGAAUUUUUGAACGUUGUGGGGAUCAAGUCUUAGACACUUUUAGUGAUUCAUAAACUGUGUAACUGUCAAGUAUGGAAUUAUGCCACUUCAUAUUGAUGUAAAUGUAAUUGUUUAUUCUAAUUCUAUAUUCUAAGUACUUUAUGGUACAUACAUUUCUGGAAACUUAAAGCAUGUAAUACUUUUUAAAACUUAAGUGGUGUUAUCAAUCAAGAUGUGUGCAAUUUGACAAUUUUCUUUCAAAACCUUGUUCAGAAGAUGGCACUUAAUGAAAUACUUAUGUAACUAAUGCAUUGGAGUUAACAAAUUUUUUUUUUUUUUUUUUUUUUUUAAUUUUUGUAAAUUAUUUUGAAAAAUGUAAAUCAGUUUGUAAUGUAAUAUUUUUUGUUUCCAAGAAUCAGAUACUGGUUGAGAACAUGAAUCAUUCAAAAUAUGAUAAAUCUGCAUUUAUUAUGUCUGCAUUUAUUUUAAUCUGCAUUUAUUGCUGAUGCCCUUAGCCAGGGCAUGAGCAAAAAUUAAACAAAUAAAAUAUGAUAAGUCUGCAUUUAUUAUGUGCUUAACCAGGGCAUCAGCAAAAAUUAAACAAAUAAAAGACAAAAUUAGGAAAUAGCAAUGCAAGUAAAGUAAAUACUUAGCCAACAUCAAUUCGGAUUCAAUUUAAAAAAUCUUAAUUUCUGUAAGUGGCAUAAAUGUUAAUUUUUUUUUGCUCUAAUUAUUAUUUCUUAAAAGAUAAUUUUAUUAAAUAGUAAGGUCACAUAAAAUCACUGGAUUUCGAUUCUCCAACAGAUGUGUGAAAUAUUUUCAUACAUAAACAUAAAUGCGUCUGAAUAUUUAUCGGAAAGUUAUUGAAAGAAAAUUUUAGUUCAGAUUGACACUUUGACUGAAAUGUGUAAAAUGUAGACUACAUAAUUUUAAAAUAUGAUGCCCUGGUUAAAUUAACAUUUAUUUCUUCAAUUCUUUUCUAUGUAUUGAACUUUAUAAUUUACUAUUUCUUCGUAUUUAAAUUAUAAAAUCCCAGAAUGCUGUUGUUAUUGUUGUAAUGAUGUAUUGUUUGAAUUUAUAAAUACAUUUAGAUCUUACAAAUAUGCCAACAGCAUAAAUUUUAUUUUGUUCAUUAAUUAUUUUUAAUUGUCCAAUUGCAGUAAAAGUUACGUAAAAUUGAAUGAAUAUUGUUAGAGAUGAUUACCAGAUCUUAGGAAUUUUAGUCUAUAGAAGCUAAAGUGCCGUAAUCUGUUUUGAAGAAAAUUUAAGACUUAGGUAUAUCAUGUUCUUCAUUUUAUUUUAGAAAUGUGAAGUUCUAACCUUAGCACAGUGUGUUUGUGUGUAUGUCUGUAAUGUGUGACAAAUUGUGUACUUAAAUCUACACAAAUUGUGAAGCUAUAGGCUGCAAAUUUAUUCCUGUUUAUGGUAUGAACAAUUGCACUCUCACGAGCACUAAGUAUUUGCUUUUAUAGUGUAAUCAUAGUGAUCAUGUUUCUUCGAUAUGUCAAAAACAAUGUUAGAUAUUGUAUUCUUGGUGUGCUUUUAAAUACAGAUUAGUGGAAAUAUGGAUUCAGGAGCUUUAAAUUUUCAUUGUAGAGGUAAAUAACCAAGUAUUGUGUUCACUUUGAAAAAUCGCUCGUUAGGAUUCAUUCUUCGAUUUUUUUUAAUAUAAUUUUGGUACACGAUUACACUUUAUGUUUGUUUAAUUGUACAUUCUUCCUUUGCGUUCUCUUAAGUUGAUUUAUUUUAAUUUUGAAAUGAAAUUUAGGAAAACCACGCUUAGUCAAACACUUAAGAGAAAAGCUGCGUAUUUCUUAUUUGCAGUGUUCAUAAAACGGCAUUAAGAAGAUUUACUGCUGCAUUAACUGCUUUUCAAUUACACCUUCAAGUGUUUUCUCAGAGUCCAAAUAGUUAUGCUAAAAUUUGCUGCUACAGUCUUGAAUACAGUGCACGUAUUUUAAGGUCCAAUAUUUUUUAAGUAAAGUUACGUGACAAAGGCAAGUAAAUUUGUUUUAAUUAAAAUUAGAAUUUUGCAGUAACUUAGUUUUCUGUGGCUCUAAAUUUUCAAGCUCUUCGUUAUAAUGAUAUCUUAAUACAUAAAACUUGAGCAAAAAGUAUAAUGAUAGUUUAAAUAAAAGUAUUUUCAAUAAAUAUGUCUAAAUAGCAAGAUAGUUAACUUCCUCCCAAUUAAUGAUAAAUUAGUCAGCAAAAUAAUACGUAAAUAAAUUUAAAAAUGAAACAUUGCUUCGCAACAUGGCAUUCGUAUAAUUCGUAAAAACGUAUAAUGAUAGUUUAAAUAAAAGCAUUUUCAAUAAAUAUGUCUAAAUAGCAAGAUAGUUAACUUCCUCCCAAUUAAUGAUAAAUUAGUCAGCAAAAUAAUACGUAAAUAAAUUUAAAAAUGAAACAUUGCUUCGCAACAUAGCAUUCGUAUAAUUCGUAAAAAAGGAUAAUGAUAGUUUAAAUAAAAGCAUUUUCAAUAAAUAUGUCUAAAUAGCAGAUAGU